GCAGUGCGACACGUGACCCGAUUUACUAGCCCCGCCUUUUUGACACUGUGGCUGCAGUUUCUGCAGGACAAGAGCAAUCAAACUCUAGGCAACAAGACAGAAAGCAUCAUGUCAUUCGCAACGUGUUGCAGUCGUCACCCCAAGACGCAGGUAGUUGCAAUUAUCUCUGUCAUUCUGCUGGCGGCCAUCAUCUCAGCUACCGUGUCUAUAUCAGUACUCACACACCAUUGGAAGCAGACCGUGCAACUAAACAUGAGAGCGAAUACAACGUGGGCUGUCACGUCGUUCGAUAGCCAGAUGAUUGGAACGGUAAGGAUGUCUCUCAAUCAUUACAGCGAUGUCAGUCUACACACAUUUUCGAGUCUUCCGCCACUUAACGCUCACAGGGAUACGAGCGUCAUUAGAACAGAUUUCGAGGGCCCUCUUUACCACGACAAACCAUUUUCUGACAAAUUUUAUGUCAACAACGGAUCUUGGAUGAGAGUAGUGUUUUGUGCAGUUGGUGGAGUACAAGUGCUGUUGCUAGAAACGGAUAAGGAUAUAAUUGGUCUGGACCAUACCUGGAUACCAAAGACUGUAAGAAUGAAUAAGACAUUCGAUGCGACUAAUAGUGAUUGUCGUUUUGGUGACGAAAGCAGUGCAGAGUUCGAGUGCCUAUUUAACUCAUCUUCGGUUUAUCAAUUUGUGUGGAGACCAUGGAAGAGUAGUGAGUUGUAUUUAUACAACAUUGUGUAUUUGGGAUCUAUGACACAAUAUAAUUUCGAUCACAGCAUCGAUGAUUGUAUUCCCUUGCCCAACUUAUUGAAUUGCAGUGUCAGCAUGCCUGACAGUUCUCAGUCUGUGGUAGUGAUAGAUGCGAGGGAUAUCAAGGCACCUAAAGACAAUGAGUUUGUAUCAAUCACUCUGAGAAGUAAAGUUAGACGGAGGUUGCUACAAUAUGCUGGAAUAGGAUCCGCAAUGGGGGCAGUGGUAUUGAUUACUGUUGUCAUAGGAUUUAUUCUGUGCAAGCAAAAAGUCAGACUCUAUCGUUCUACAAAUAGUGAACGUAAAGAACUAGUUGAUUCUAAUACCAUGGCUAGCAAAUAAUUUACUUGCUGGAUAAUAAGAAUAGUUGACCUUGUAACAAAUAUAUCAGUUGUUUGCAACUAAUGUUUGC